AAGAUUUACCUCUCAUUUUUGAGAUUAUACAGUAAAAUGAUAUGAAAAUAUGGAUGGACGGUGUGGAUAAAACCCAUACAGUAGGGUGGCCCUUCAUAGCCUUGCCUGUGCCGAUCUCGGUACAGGCAGGGGUAGUACCGAAUCCCCAUCCCACCCUUUUCUGCGAAGGUGCAGGCGUUGAAUUAGAAGUGCUCAUGACUUGCUUUAGCCAUGUGCUGCACAGUAAUUGCAACGAUCCCCUCACCAAACUACAAGGACCAUCCACGUGGCACAUAUGGAAUGUAUCACGAAAUCUAAUUUGAUGUACGAUUCUAACAAUCUAUUAAAUAAUUAUCAAAUGGACGAAAAAAAAAAAAAAAACAGUAUCAACGUUCUAGAAUCAAUUGAUGAGAUCAGAUGGAUGAGAACAUUAACGGAUGAAAUAUUCAGAUGGUCUUCCAUCUAAAGAAGUCCCGACAAUGCUGACGGUCCAGAUCGCUGGGUAUGGACCCCACAUGCACAAUGGACACGCCAAGACCAUUUUAUCUUGCACCCUUCGUAAAUGGACCAAAGGUCAGAACAACCUUCUCUCUUCACUUUGUUUAGCUGUGAGGACGGGGCAACUCCACGUUCCCUCUUCACACCCAUUUCAUUAAUUACUACUCUUAUCCUUCAGUCACAUACACCCACUCUCUAUAUAUAUCUCCCUUUCCCCCUCCUUGUCUUCAUCCUUCUUCUUUUCAAAAAUUUGAAAAUACAGCCAGGAAAACAUAAAAGAGGCCCCGCAUACACCCAAUCUCUAUAUACAACCUUCACUGGCUUUCUCUUUAUUAUUUGUUAUUGAGAUUGUCGAAAAUACAAAAAGAAAAUAAUAGAAGAGCUCUAUCAAAUACGCCCAGCCGCUUGCAUCAUCUUGGUUCUUAGCUUUUCAGAAUGCCGAGAUUUCAAGAAGAAGAUCGCCAAAGAACUCCAAAGGGACACUUCGCUGUCUACGUCGGGACCGAUCAGAAGAGGUUCGUGGUACCAACGGCAUACUUAAAGCAUCCUAUCUUCCAACAAUUGCUAGAUAAAUCGGCAGAUGAAUUCGGAUUCCAUAAUAGAAACCGCAUUGUCCUACCGUGCGAUGAGUCCUCCUUCGAACGGGUCAGAUCUUUCUUGGACAAACGCUCGUAGAUGAAUAUAUGAAGGAAGUGUACAAAAUGGUGUAUUUCUUUCUUUUUUUGAAGUGUCAUUUUCAUGUGGUAGGUACUAUCUUGUUUAUUAUGGGAUUAUCAUGAAGUACUUGAGAGUAUGUGAGCUUGUCGGUGAGAAUCAUGGUUUUGUAAUGGCAACACAAGGUAGUAUAAUCCAUGAACUUGUACGGUUCAGAUUGA